AUGAUCAAAUGUUGUGUUACCCAUCGUCCUGAUCGUAAUUGGGGGAUAUGCAUCAAUGGUGUGUUGUAUUAUACAGCUGUGGUCAUAGAAGAGUCCUCUUUAGAGGUUACUGUGGUGGUUUGUUUUGAUUUUGGAUCUGAGAAGUUUAGCGUUCUGAAAGUCGUGGAAACUUUUAAGAGAACGUUGCCUAACACGACAACUCCGGUUAACUACAAUGGCAAAUUAGGUUUGCUGAUGACAGAAGAGUCUAAUUGGGUUAUUAAUGGAAUAAGUAGAUAUUUUGAGUUGUGGGUUUUAGAAGACGCUGGAAAACAUGAAUGGUCGAAGCGUACGUGCGUAUUGCCUCCUUCAUGGAAGACUCUAAUUGGGAAUAGAAUCUUAUACUUUGUGGGGAUGAUUGGUACAGAUGAAAUUGUACUGUCAUACCACCCAACCAUGCCUCAUUACGUUUUCUACUACAAUAUUGAUAGAGACACAGUUAGAGUAGCUAGAAUCAGAGGAUCAAUGGAAGGGGUGAAAGGUAAUGGAUGUCGCAUCUUCUUAAACCAUGUAGAGAAUGUUGAGCUUAUUCAAAACAUUUUAGUACGUUAA